AUGGGUGAUCCUACGUCGUUAAAAAACACAUUAUUUAAACAUAAGAAAAAAGAUAAGGAAGAUCAUGAUACUGAAAAUUUAGGGCGUGAAGGAACUAAUAUUAUACUCGGGAUUAUUACUCAGCUAAAGCCUGGGAUGGAUCUUUCAAGGAUAACUUUGCCAACGUUUGUUCUUGAGCCAAAAAGUAUGCUUGAACGAAUUACAAAUUUUAUGUGUCAUCCAGAGCUUCUUAUGGAUCUUCCUCUUAUUGAUGAUCCUGUUGAACGUUUUAUUGGAAUAUGUAGAUUUUAUCUUAGUGGAUGGCAUAUUCGACCAAGAUCUGUUAAAAAGCCAUUAAAUCCUAUUCUUGGCGAGCAUUUUACAUGUAAAUGGGAAUUUCCAGAUAAGUCUGAAGCUUUUUAUAUUGCGGAACAAGUUAGCCAUCAUCCACCUAUUUCUGCAUAUUUUUACAUGAGUCCUGAAAAUAAUGUUAGAAUAGAUGGUGUUUUAAGACCAAAAUCAAAAUUUUUAGGGAAUAGUGCUGCAACUAUUAUGGAAGGACGAGCUAUUUUAACAUUCAUUAAUAAAAAUGAAAAAUAUAUUCUUACGCAACCGAAUAUGUAUGCAAGAGGAAUAUUGUUUGGACGAUUGAGAUUUGAACUUGGUGAUCAUAGUUAUAUUAAAUGUCGAAAAAAUAAUCUUGUCGCUGAUAUUGAAUUUAAAACAAAAGGUUUUAUAUCGGGUUCUUAUAAUGUAAUUUUAGGGAAAAUUAAACGUGAAAAUAGUGGUGAAAUUUUAUAUGAGAUUUCUGGAAAAUGGGAUGAAGAAAUGUUAAUUAAAAAUGUAAAGACAGGAGAAAGUUCCGUAUUAUUUGAUGCUACUAAUUCUGCAUAUACUUCUCCAAUUGUUAGACCAGAAUGUGAACAAGAAGAUCGAGAGUCUCGAAGAUUGUGGAGUAAAGUUACUAAUGCGAUUAUUAAAAACGACCAAGAUACUGCAACAGAAGCUAAGUCUUCUAUUGAAGACAUUCAGCGUGAAGAGCAAAAAUUACGUGACGCUACUGGGAAAAAAUGGAUUCCAAGGUUUUUUGAAAAAACAGAAACGGAUGAUUAUAUUUUAAAAACGACGAUAAAUUGGACAACACCUGAGGAUAUUAAGCAGCAAAUUGAGGCUAUCGUUAGAAUAUCUGCAAGAGGAAAAUCAGUAUGUGAUCAUAAUGAACCUUUUCAUUCUGAUAGAGUAAUUCAUAAUUCAUAUACACAUAUAUCAUCUUCACCUUCAUUUUUUACUCAGAAAGCCUCUGAUGAAGAUGAUUUUUAUGAUGCUAUAGAUUCAUUUUCUAUUGAUGCUAAUUCUUAA